AUGAGGCAGUUCCCAAAAACGCCGCUGCUACUGGCCUUGAUCGCCGCUCCAGGCGCGCUCGCUACCAAGAGGCCGUUUAGCAUCCAUGACGAUGUCCUCGCGUUUCCACAGUAUAAUGUCGUUUUCCCCGAAGAAUAUAUCCUACAAUCAGAAGCGACCGCGUUCUUAGAGCUCCAGGCAAAGAAAUGGUCGAAAAGCGGGCCUGCAGCGGACGACAGCUCUGAACAGCGGGAUCUAGACCGGCAUACGGCGCAAAAACCACUCGGAGGGAAACACGACAGUGAAAAUGUUGAUUGGGACUCGGAGGCUUUGCUGGAACAGUUCAAGUAUGAAGAAAUGACACUGGAUGGUCUACGAUAUCUGUGCAAUAUCCCUCGCGUACAGGACAAUUCGUCGGCGGAAACGACUAGCAACAAAACACCCGAGGAAGACGCCAGUGAUGAAGCCGAGAAGAAAACAGACGAGGAAAACGAGAUUGCGCGCGCGACUGGCCGCGGGCUGGAGUUGCUGCAGGAGAUGGAAGGCUCAUGCAUGUACUACGUCUCUGGCUGGUGGUCGUAUUCCUUUUGCUACAAGAAGCAAGUCAGGCAAUUCCACGCUUUGCCAGCGGGACCGGGCGUGCCGAAUUACCCGCCUAUGGAGGACCCUACAACGCAUUCCUUCGUGCUGGGGAAAUUCCAGCGGGAGGACGACGAUGACGAAGAAGAAGAAUACGGAGAGACAGACCAGGCGAAGAAGCGUCCCACAACCGAGGUCGCCAAACUGCAGACAAAGGGCGAGUCGCGGUAUCUUGUGCAGAACCUGGGCGGCGGCACAACUUGUGAUCUUACUGGAGCCGACCGCAAGAUUGAAGUGCAAUUUCACUGUCAUCCGCAGUCAACUGACCGCAUCGGAUGGAUCAAAGAACUUACUACCUGCACGUACCUGAUGGUCAUAUACACGCCGCGCCUCUGCCACGACGUGGCAUUCCAGCUUCCCCAGCCGGAAGACGUGCAUGCAAUCGAAUGCCGAGAGAUCCUAGCGCCAGAUGAAGUUGCCGACUUUGAGGCGAUGAAAGCCCAUCAGGAAAGCCAGCGACUGGUCAAUUCCGGAAGCGAAGAGUUCCAGACCGUCGGCGGGAUCCAGGUCGGUGCCAUGAAACAGGUCGGAUCUGAAGGGCGUGUGAUUGAGAAAGGCCGGAUGGCCAGCAUCGGCGAGGAACUGGUCGAAGUUGUUGCCAAGCGAGAGAACGGCGAUCUGUCUCAACUGUCCAAGGAGGACCUGAAAAAGCUCCAACUCGACGUCGAAAAGGUCGAAUCCUUCCAGAAGCAGCUCGACGAAAUUGCCAAGGGCAAGGACUGGAAACUGGAAAUGGUCGAAGCCAACGGCGAGCGUAUGAUCCGAGCGAUUGUCGACCCUGGUGGCGAGGACAGCGAGUAUGCCGAGAGCCCCGAGCAGCCAGAACCGCCUGCAAAGGACGAGGGAAAAAACACGGAAAAGAAGGAGCAAAAUUCAGACGACGACAAAGAAGCUGGGAGCGAGGAAUGGUUCAAGGAAGAGUUAUGA